AUGUCGUCCCAAGCGAAGGAGAGCAUCCCUCCCGGCCAAUUCAAUGCAUCUUCCUCCGGACAAAAUGGCUCGUCAGAUCUCAACUUCACGUCGUCCGACUCGAACGACCCCGCCUUGCCUCUCCAGCAAUCACGAUCUCCUCACCAGAGCUCAUUCCGGUGGCCUUCCGAGCCUCUCAACAAAGGUCGUCCCUCGCUUCCUCAAGACUCGCAACAAAGCGUAGAUGACGCCAACCGCGACAUUCUGCAGCGUAUCACCGACGCCGAUCAGGAUGCCACUUCUCAACCAUUGCGCGCUCAGUCUGGGCUCGACCAGCCACGCUUAUCUGCACAUCUCACCACCACCCUCAACAAUCUCGAGGAAGAACGCAGAGCCCAGCUCUCACCCACAAAUACCUCCUUUCUCGUCCCAUCCGUCUCUACGCUACCCAUGCUCUCUCCUCAACCACAGAACAUGGACCGCACCUCCUCCCACGGCACCAACAAGUCUACAGGCUCCGACAGGCCCGAUGCUCAGCCUUCCGCCCCACAAUACCCAAGCUUCCUCCCUGAUAUCUUCCGUAAUGCUGCCUCGAUGCCCCUCGCCCUCUUGCGCUCUCUGAUUCCUGACAAUGCUUUGCCGGCACCCGCCGAUGAAGGUCUAAGCGCCAGCACCUUGCAAGUCCCCGUCACCAGCUUCAACGCCCUCCUCGAAGCAUGCAAAGCUUUUGAAUGGCUGGCUACCCAGGCUUCUCAGUUUGACUCUUGGGACAAGGGAUCUGCAUCUCGCCGCAAUUCAUCGGCACCACAGCCAUCCGAAGACAAUGUCGAAUUUACCUGCUUCGACUACCUGCAGCUCCUCCAAAAGGUCGCCGAUGUCGUCAGCGGUCUAGCCGCUGCAAGGGGCAUCGAUCUCAUCUUAGAUCUCGAUCCCCAGCUCCAAGGUACACCCGUCGAAAAUCAGCGUCAUUACAAACUCGGCUCUUGCGCUGUCUGGGCCGAUCGCCUCUCCUUGACCUUUCUCUUUAUGAGCUGCCUUUCUCGCUUACUGCACAACGCACCCGUUCAAUCCACCGUGGUCGUCACCACAAUCUUGACACCCCAAGAAGAAACCAUCGCCAGGCCUGACAGCAACCCGGAGAUGAAGCUCAUGGUCCUCUCCUUGGGUCUUCGCCUCAUCCUACCGCGUACCGUCGCUGCCUCCCAAGACCUCAUGUCCUCCAUUUCAGGCACUCCCGCCUCGCUUCUUCUCGACGCAUUCGGCGCAAGGCUCACAACAGAACAAUCCACCAGCGGGCUACCUGGAAAUCAUGACAGAGCCGUCGUCGACCAUUCCAUCAGCGUCUCCGUCGGCCAACUGGCCGAUUCCCAGGAGGAUAGCUCCGCGCAGCAGCACAAGAGCAAGCCUUCCAAGCACUCCAUGGGUCCCAAUCAAGACGAACUUGUCGACUUUGCUUCCACCUUGCGCGGCAACAAGGUGGCCCUUUACUCUACGUCCCAAAGCAUCUUUGCUCGCCAUUUGUCCAGCUUCCUUUCAGGCCUGGGUUGCGACGUCGCUCCCGUAUUUACGGACAGCGUCGACGAGUCUUCUUUUGAUGGCAACGAUCAUGUCUUUGGCAAGCAGGCACAUACCGCCGUUGCUCUCACCUCGGGCCGCCCCGCACUCGUCAGCUACACUAGUGAUAUCGACAAGCGCGCUCGUCCAACUCAGCCCUCGCCUUCUAACGGCUCGAGCUAUGCAGUGCAAGGGAAGGCUGGCGCACAGACAGUAACAGCAGUUGAUACAGCUGUCCUGGACCCGAUCACAGGAGUGCCAGUCACGUUCGACAACUCGUCGCAUCGACCUCCCCUUUCUGAACAAAAGCCUUCUCAGUCACCAGGUGACCCCCGUCCACUGAACCUGGAGACGCAGAUCGAACCGGUCGGAAGGCGUGUGGUUCCUUUCAGCUACGUGAUCAUCGAUGACGACAUUGUCACUUUGCAGAAAGAGCUGCUGCGUAUUCGAUCUGCCGUGCCACUGCUCAAGUCUGCCUUGUCUUCCAAGUCUACGCCCAACAAUCCAUUACCAAAGCAACUCAAAGCUUCGCGCCCGACCCUCGAUCACAGAACUAAGUCGAGUCCGCAAGUCAAUCGUCUCAUGGCCUCUCAACUCGACACGACUCUCUCGCGGUCCUUUGGCUCGGCUGGAUCUACGCUCAUGAAAGACGGUGGCGAGGCAAGCGACGAGUCAUCCGACUCGAUCGAUGAGUCGGUCUCGCAGACCAUCAUCUUCUUCACCUCGAUGAAGUCGUAUCAGCUCGUGAGAGACACCGUGCAGCCCAUUAUUGACUCGGCUAGCUUCCGUGGCGUGUCGUCGCCUCCCGAAAUCAUGGUGCUGCCCAAGCCAGCUGGUGCCAAGAGAAUCCUUACCGCUUUGCACGCCGCUCAACACAAGCCAAUUGUGCAAUUGCCCUUCCUUCCCAUCGCAACGGCGCCCCUGUCGCCUCUAACAUCUCACUCCAAGACCUGGUGGACCCCAAAUUCAUCGCCGCAACAAGAUGGACAAGGAAUCAUGACUCUCACACGUCGACAGACCGGCUCUACCGAUACCGACUUUGACACCGAGCCGUCGACCCCUUGGAGUCCCGUCGAGCCUAUCAGAGCUCCUGGAGGUCUUCCGACCCCGGAGAUUCCAUUGACCAGCGAAAAUCUGCCAUUGGCGGGCGAACCAUCAGCGAAAGGCGCCAGCGUCCGCACUAUCACAAAGGGCGCCGCCGUCCCCGGCAAUUCCGCGUCCACCUCGGCAACGACGACAAAGUCCGCUCCAAGAUCGACCGUUUCACGCCAGACGGGCAGCAAGGCCAACGCAAACGCCACCCUAGAACCGAAUGCUGCGGAUCCAGCUUUGACGCACAAGAGCACCCAAGCUGCUUCUGUUGCGAGCGGCAGCACCUCAGCGCCGUCCUCUGUGCAUCAAUCCAGGUCGCAGGCCGUGAGCAGUCCCAUGCCCGCAGACGCGCUCGAGUACUUCAGCGAAACGGCCGCAAAGAUGGGCGGAAGCGCGGCAAGUGGUAUGGUCAUCCAGAGUCCAGACGGUCGACCUGCAGGCAUCUUUUUCCAGCCUAAAGCUUCCGCGUCUACGCCGUCUAUCGCUGGGUCCAAGCCGGCGCUCUCGCGCGGCGUGUCCGCCUCUUCUCUGCGACGAGGGCACCAGACUCCGUCAGAACACAGCGACCGCUCUGAGCCAGCUACCCGAGACAGGCGUUUGACCAAUCGCAGCAAUGGCUCGAGUGGUGGAUCGAUCCGCGGCAGUGGCGCCGAAGGAAAUCAGAUGCGAGUCAGCAAUCUGUCGAGCUUGGCUGAGCAUGCAGCAUCAGCAAAUUCGACCGAAGCCUCUGACUCGCGUGUACCACCAUUGCAGAUUCCGAAUGCAGGCAAGUAUCCGAGCGGGAGCAUGUUCGCGCCACAGGUGGGCAUCCACUCUGUGCUCAACUCUUCUCGACCGCCGAUGACGACUCCACUGGGUCCAAGUCUGUCCUCGCAGCCUCAAGAUGCCGGUGCGAGCGCAAGUAGCAGUCGAGAGUCCACCUCUGCCCAAGGUGCGUCCGAGACAGGGAACGACGACAAGCAUUCCAACAGCAAACCUGAUUCCACUGCUGCAGCUGGAAGCACGGGUGAGGGAGCAAAGGCGGUCAAUAGUGCAGGGCCCGGUCUGGCAAAGUCGGGCGAAGGCGCAGCAGGUCGAGCUCGAUCGUCGGUUGCGAAUGAAUCUCGCCCAAGACAGCCUGCCGCGUCGGGCAGCAACUCAGCUGCAGCCUCUCCCGUCGCGCACAACUCGAGCAAUGCUGCUAGCCGUGUCAAAGCUCGCCAGUCGUUUGGCGCGGUUACUGCAUCGCCUUCGGACUCGAAGACAAAGCCAUCCGCCGUGCCGCAAUCUGGUUUCAUGAUGGGUAUGGGUUUCACGGCGUCGGCGCGACGCGGACGGGGGCCCAAAAAGGCUCCUGUGCGAGAAGCGGUUUUGCCGCCUAUCAAGGUGCUGAUCGUCGAAGAUAACCCAAUCAACCAAAGGAUUCUGUCCAUGUUUAUGGGCAAGAAGAAAAUCAAGUACGAUGUGGCUAACAACGGUCGGGAGGCGGUUGAAAAAUGGAAGACGGGUGGGUACCAUUUGAUUCUCAUGGACAUUCAAUUACCUGUGAUGGACGGGAUUGAGGCGACCAAGGAGAUUCGCAAGCUCGAGCGCAAUGCGAAUAUUGGGAUCUUACCCAAUACGCCGCCUGCUUCUGCGGAUUCAAGGGUGGAGCCUCUGGCGGUGACGUCGUCGUCGUCGUCGUCGUCGUUAGCCGGAGGGUCGAGGACGCUGCAAUCGAAAGGGUUGAUGAAGCACGCUGUUGCCGGAUCUGGAGGUAGUGCUUCGCAGAGCAACGACCAGCAACAGCAACAACAGCAGCAGCAGUCGAGUGUAAGAGCGAGUGGCGGACCGCACGCUUCGAGCUCGUCUGCACUCGUCAACGGUGUAGGCGACAGCAAUCGUGUACACACAGCCAGACGUGGAGGGGGCGGCAGCAUCAACCCCUUCCGCGCUUCGGUCAUUAUCGUCGCCCUGACUGCCUCCGUUCUGUCUUCGGACAGAGUCGAAGCCCUGGCUGCCGGGUGCAACGAUUUCCUUAACAAACCCGUCUCGCUGCCAUGGUUGAAUCAGAAGAUCUUGGAGUGGGGCUCGAUGAUGUACCUCAUGUACAGCGGGCUCAGCUCGGACGAUAUUCAUCUAGGCAAUAUGGCGUCUUCGGCGGCGGGUGGCGGUGCCGGUGCAAAUCGAACGGAGCGCGCGCAGCUGCACCUUGGAUUUGGCUAUGGGCCUGCCGAGAAAGCGAAAGCGUUGGCGAACAAUUUGCAUUUGGGCGAUACCUUGGCGUUGAAGAAGAAGAAACGCUCCGAGGAGAAGGGCAAGAUGGAGGCGAAUCAGAAAGGCAGAGAUGCGAAUGUUGAGCAGCGAAAGCAGCAGGAGGGAAAGAAGGAGGUGGGAGCAGCGACUGGAAGCAGACCAGCUGAAAGCAAGGACGAGGAGAAGCAAAUAGACGAAGCAAGCGGAUCAAAAUGA